GUAAAUAAACAAUGUAUGUUUGAACUUUAUUAUAAUGGCAUUAUUUUUUAUUAUUUGCUUUGUUUUACUUCGCUUUUCUCAAGUUUAACGGAUUAUUUUGCUUUCAAAUUGGUGGAUUUCGACGACGAACACAGUUUUUAAUGAUCGCCAAUCUCCUUACUUGCUUUGCUAAAGAUCACUAUAUUUCUGAGAAAGUUUGACAACUUUCUAAUCGUAAAUUUUUAAUGGAUAAGCUUCCUCGAAGCCAUUAUGAAAGACUUCAAUCUGAUGAUGAUGAUGAAGAUUUACCUCCACAAGUCCACAUUACAGCUCCAGGAGGAGAAGGCAUUGGAAGAAAUAGUUCAAGUCGAUGGAAUCAUAUAGAAAACCUUGAUGACUUUUUCAUUAGAGUGUAUGAUUAUCAUCAACAAAAUGGUUUUCUCUGCAUAUUAGUCAAAGAAUGUUUUGAGUUGGCACAAUAUGUCUUCAUUGUUCUCUUCACUACAUUCCUGAUAUUUUGUGUGGAUUAUAACAAACUCUUUAGAGAUAAAGAUCCAGUUAUAAUUGAUUGCAUUAAUUUCAACAAUGUUAAAAACGCAAAUGGAGUCAUGAUCCUAUUCCUUCUUAUUGCGUUUCUUUUUUGGACGAUACGAGCCACCAAAGUAUUCUUGUAUUUUUUUAAAUUACUGGAAAUAAAGAACUUUUACAGAGAUGCGUUAAAUAUCAGCGAGGACAAACUUGCUAGCAUGCAGUGGAAAGAUGUGCAAGAGAGACUUAUUGUGAUUCAAAAUGAACAUCAAAUGUGUGUACAUAAAGCGAAUCUUACGGAACUCGACAUAUACCAUCGUAUCUUGCGAUGGAAGAACUAUUUGAUAGCGAUGCAAAAUAAAGGAGUACUAUCAUGUACCUAUACCUUCCCAAUUAUUGGAAAACGGGCAUUCUUGACAGAAGGAAUGAAGUACAAUUUAAAUUUGUUGCUCUUUUGGGGACCCGAUUCUCCCUUUUUGGAUUCAUGGAAAUUAAAACCUGAGUACAAAUUGUCGUCGGAACGACUGCGUUUAGCCAAAAGGUCUGGGAAAGAUGUUGCACUUAAAUGUUUACUUGUGUAAAACAUAUAAAAAAUAGAGUUAUUGUGGCUUUAUUGUAUACGUAUUAGUCACACUUUCUACAAUUAAAAAAAGACAUAAAUAUACGACAAACCUAUUUUGUCUUAUUUAGUGA